AUGACACCGUUAACCCAACGACCGGUUUGCACGCCGAUUCAUUACAUAAACGUAAGAAGUGAAUCAUUACCGGAACUUGCAGAGACUGAACGAUGGACUCGACCGCAACCAAGGAGAUGUAAAAGCUCAAUAGCAUCACCAUUCCUCAAGUAUCCCGACUUUCCAAUUAAGAUACAGUGUCCGCACUGUAGUCAGUUUGUAACUACCGAUGUCAGAUAUCGCAAUGGAGCGUGCACUUAUUUGCUAGCAUCAGGGCUGCUGGUAACAACGGUGAUAUUGUUUUGGGUGCCAUUUUAUCUCAAGGCAACAAAAGAUGCAAAACACGUUUGUCCACAUUGUUCCAAUAAUCUCGGAAUAAAACAUCGGCUUGGAUAA